CGGACCCCAAUGUUCAUGAUAUUAUGGCAUUGAGAGUGUUACAGAUUAUUUCUGGUCCAAUUUUUUUUUAAGUCGGUGCAUGAAAUUUUUAUUAGAUUCUACAGUAGAUGCGAAAUGUGGAUACCAAAGGUGGAUACAGCCUUAGUAUAUCAGCUAUUUUGUCAUCAUAGAUAGUGUGCCAUUGCAUACACAGUGUGCUUGUAAACUUUAAGCGAUAAGAUUCAAUUACAGUAGCUCAGUAUACAAUUCAAUGAGUAAUUGGCGAUUUUUGUGAAGUAUUGCCAAUUGAAGCUUAAGCUCGCACAGCGACAGUCAUCUGAGACUGAGAGAUGUUUACAAUUUACUCAAGAAAUAUAGAGGAUUUUACCACGUGAAUCGCGUCAAUUGACAUUGUGGAUGUACUCGCUGACGGUGUGUAAAAGGUCUACGUAUUACCGUAUCUUCUGUGGUUAUAGAGGAAUUGUAGGUGACUGAACUGGGAGCGCCCGGGAAUUGAACCAACGACCCUGGAACAAGAGGUGAGUGCUGUAUCCACUCAACUGCUGCACUCUUUAUUAUGCAAGAACUGACUGCAACCUUCAGCUGAUAUCCACUCAGAAUUGCUCAUUAGAAGGUUCAUCUAUAAUCAGUACAGUACUGUAUACUGUAGUGCAGUACUGUAUUAUUGUAUCUGUAUAGAUUCGGGUACAGUUUUGUCAUGGAUCCCCAAGCAGUUCCUGAAGAUGAGCAUCAAAUUAAUUUGGUCAUUGCCCAUGACCAAGGCCACCUGUGGAAUGUCAGAGAUGUGAAACUUGCAUGGACCAAAUACAGAAUUGUAGGGUAUCUCGUAGGAGCCCUGCCAAGGCACCCACACCAGUCAACCAUGAUGGGUCUUCCACUUAAGCUCCUGCCUGAAGAAGUAACUUUAUUAUUAGAGAAGGGUUUUGCUAAGCCUAUUACAUACCAGGAAAUGGCUGAGCUACCAUCGAGUAAUAUAUUGGAUACCUUCAAAGAUCUGAGAGAAAAAUGUUAUCAUGAACAAAUUGUGGCUGCGGUACAACAACGUAAACAAGAAAUUGAAACCUUUGUUGACACUAUUCUUGAAGGUAAAGCUAAAAAAAUAGAAAAAAGAAAAAAGGCUAAUUCGGCUGUUGUUGAAAAGGAGAAAAAUGAAUUAACAAGAGAGAAUGUCAUUAGGGAAGAAAUGCGUAAAAUUCAGAAACUACCAGAACAUUAUCAAGUGAUAGAGAUAUUUACUGAAAACCCUUUUAUAGAUAAUUUAAGACCUGUUGCUGCUGAUUGGACAUUUCCCACAAGUAAAAUGGACAAACUAAGAUAUGCAGUAUUUAAGGAUGUGUGGGAACAUGAUCAAUAUCUUACAGCAGGAGUCAAAUUUGGUGGAGAUUUUUUAGUGUACCCAGGAGAUCCUCAUUUGUUUCAUGCAACUUUUAUCAUCAAGUGUGUAGAAGAUAUGGAAUGUGUGAAUAAUAAUGACCUUGUAUCUUGGUCACGCAUUGCUACUGCUACCAAAAAGACCCUAGUCUUAGCCACUCUUGACCAAUAUGGCAAAGUGUCUUACCAAUCUUUUAAGUUUAUAGAAGAUGAAUUCAGUUGAAAUUUAUUUGACACUGACCUGGUGGAUUUAUGUAGUGUGCCAGUCUUUAUUUCAUGUUUUAAUGUCAGUUUUGUGUGUACAGUAUACUGUAUUAUAGUAAGAUAAGUACACUAUACAAACUUCCUUUUUUGUUGAAUAACUCUCCCUCUUUUGUUAAAUAACUCAGUGGCAUAAUUUUCUGUGAUAUAUCCUUUGACAAAUCAUAGGAUUUUAUAAGAGGAAGCCAAGUGAAACAUUAAACAGUAUAAGUGGUA